AUGGUUUUACUGGCGUUCGUCUAUGAUGGGCGAGACGAGGGUUCGUUUCCAUUCACAAGAGCUGUCAUCGUCACUAAGCGAACCCCGGGUCAUUUCGGAUGCUACUUUUUGCAACCUCAGCAGAUGACGCCGAAACGCCGCGACCUUUUCAUUCUUCGCUGUCCGUAUCUUUUGAGUGACGUUGUAGCUAACGUCAGCGCGUUGGUCAGUCGCUCGCGUUUGCCUCAUCUUGAAGCGCACUCUCCUUGUCACUACUUGAAAGUAACGCUGGCGCAGCGAGCCGGUCCAAUGCCACUUCACUCAGUGGAACUUGACACAGUUCCGCGCGGUCAAAAAUGA